AUGAAUACUUUCACUAAAUUUCCUGAAGAUGACGAAAUCGCGAAUCAUAAGAUUAAGGCUUUGGAAUUGAAUGCUUCCCAAUUUUAGGCGAAAAUGAAACCACUAUUUAACGAGAACACUAAAUUAAAGCAACAUGUUAUCAGUCUUAACUUCUAUAUAGAGGAACGCAAAUUAUAAUUAGCCAAUCUCAUUAGUGAUACUGGCCCAAAUGGAGAAGAUAGAGUUUUGAUCAAAGCAGUAGCAGAUUUCAAAUAAAUAUGUGAUCUGUUAGAAGAGGAGAUAAUCAGAUUGAACAAUAUUAUAAUCGAUAACAAUAAUGCGAAAACUGCUUUUCAGCUAAAUAUUAAACAGUUAAGGGAGAAUCUACAAUAGGAAACUGAAAGACAUUUUAUUGAAAAACAAUAGUUGAUAGAUUAAAACAGAAAACUGAGUGACUAUCAUAAAUAACAAAAGUAGUUGAAUGAGCAAAGACAAAAUCGUCUGCAAAUGAAAAUCGAAGAUCUCAGUUCAUAAAUCAUGUAAUUAAAAUUGAAUGAAUAAAAGAUGCACAAGAUAUAUAAAGAGGAAUUAGAAAUUAAGACUUUAAAAUUGAAUACUGAACUUGCUUAAGUCAAAUUUGAAAAAUAAGAUUAAAAUGAGAAGUUUGAAAUUGAAAGAAGAUCCUAUUUAAAACAAUUGGAAGUCUUUAGUACUAAGUUGAAUGAGGUCAAAAUGGAAUUAAUAAAUGAAUACGAGUAUAAGAUUUAGUCGUAAAGAAUGAAAAUGGAUAAUUAAAUUCAAAAACUUAAAGAUGAUUGCCAAGAUUAUAAAAAUUAAACUUUGUAAUAUAUUGAAAAAAAUAAAAUCUUGCAAUUCUAAAUAGAUAGAUAUUAACCAUAUACUGCGAGUUUGGAGAAGGAUAUUCAAGAUUUAAAAUACAAAGUCUUUCUGUUUGAUGAGCAAAUGAAAGGCAAGGACUCAAAACUCCUUCAAAAGGACAUAUUAAUAGAUUAAUUAAAUGAAUAGAUCAAGAGAUUGAAACAUGAUAAAACUCAACCAGGAACUAGAGAAAAUAUAAGGAAGUAAGGCACAGUAGUCUAAAAUAAUAAGAAUUCAUCUCCAGAUAAAGUGUAAUAGUAAAAAACCAAUCCAUAAUCAUAAUAUAAGUAGAUUGUCAAACAAAGAGAACCAAUUAAAUAAACCAGCAAUCCUGAAUCAGCUGUUCAAUCUUCUUAUAAAAGAACAUCCAUUUAAAAAGAUGAAUUUAAUUUCGAAGAAACUACAAUUGAGUAAUACGUUGAAAAUAAUCGAUAAGAAAUAAUGCAAUCUAUUUAGCAACAAAGUCGAUAAUCCUCGGUGGAAGACAAACCUACUCAAUAGAUAUAAAUAAUAAAAAUUGUAUCUAAUGAACCAACUUCAACGAUUAAAACUAACAAUGAAGGAUUGCAAAACACAAGCAUUCAAUACAAUAAAUCCUUAUAGACCACCUAGAGAGCUUGGACAAUUUAAAAUGAUUUUGGAGUUUAAUGUGAUCUGAUUGAAAUGGAUUCUAACACAUCAUCUUAUUACACUUCAGAUGCACAGUUGGCAAGGUGUAAGAAUGAGAUUAUUAGACUUAAAGAAGAGUUUGAAUUUAAAAUAAAGUGCAGUUAAGAUGAAAUCACUGAUAUGCAAGAUUUGAUGAAGAUCUCAUAGGUUAAGAAUGAAUAACUAGUUGAAUCAAUGAAAAGAGAAUUUGAAUAAUAGAUAUAAUAAGAAUUAUUAAAGAAGGACAUAGAGAUUUCCCAAUUGUUAGAAACUAUCAAAGACAAAGAUUAUAGUAUUAAAAGCUAUAUAGAUUCAGAACAAUUAUAUGAACUCUUAAUUGAAGAUUUGAAUCUAAAAUUAAAAUAGAAGGAUGAAGAAGAAUUGCAACUCCUAAAAAAAUUCCAAGAGUAGGUUGAAUAACUAAAAAGUGAAAAUGAAAUAGAGUAAAAACGACUCUUAGAAUUAACUGAAAAUCUAAAAUUAAAUCAUAAGCAGGAAAUGGAAAAUUUAAAUAAUUAACAUCUACUGGAUCAGGAAUAACUUACUUAAGAAAGGAAAAAGCUUAAGGAACAAUAAGCAGAUCAUGAAAUCUUUAUGAAAUAAACUACAGAGUUAUUAGAGUAAGCGAAAUCUAAAGAAUACUUAUUAGAUAGUUAUAGAAGAGAAUUAUUAAAAACAAAUGAAAUCGUUAAAUAUUUAUCAUUAGAGAUUGAAAAUUACAAAAAAAUAAACAAUAUUUUUAGAACCAAAAAUGAUCAUAUUUCUUAAAAUUUCCUGUAUAAUGGAAUGGGAUUUCUACCUACUGAAGUUUAAGAUAAAAUAAAGAAUAAAAUGAAUAAAGCUAAAUAUAAGUAGAGUGUGCCCUCAAAUAUACCCAAGGAUGCUUAUGCUAUGAACUUUUAACUCUAGAAGGGUUCUAAAAUGAAACCUGCUAAGUUAGCAUCGAUGACUAACAAUAUCUAAGAUUUGAAAAAUUAAAAAUAGGAGAUCAAAGUUAAAAUUGAAUAAUUGAAUGAAGGAAGUGAUGGACUGCCAAAAAUUAAUUCAAAAAAUGUUUAUGAAUUAGAGAGAUCUCAUUCUGAAUCAAAACAAAAGAUAUUAAAUAAAAAUAUUAGAUCAAAAACUUAACAAGAAGAUUAUGUUGAAACUAAUGAUCCUAAAAGAAUCAUUUAGGAUAUCAAUUAAAAGGAAUUGCUAUUGAUUUAACGUAGUCAAAUGCUACUAUCUUAGCUGAAUGUAACGGCAGAAAAUUAUUAAAAAUAAAACCAAAAAAAAACAAAUUAUAGUACUUGUAAAAUAUGA